UAUCAAACCCAGGGAUUGAGCCCCCCGUCACCUGCAUUGGCAGGCGAAUCUUUGCCACUGAGCCACCUGGGAAGCCCGAUUGGACGUUUACCGAUCAUUUGUUGGUUAAGUUCAAGGGGCAUACUAUAGCCGACUGCUGUUGCCGCCUACUGGUAGAAGGUAAAAAUGACAUGCUGAUUCCAGCUACCAUCACUGUUCCAUUCAUAGAACUUUUAACUUUUUGUACGUGUAAGGGCUUUUAAACAUGACCAUUGUCAUGUGUAAGAGGUAAUAUAGGUUACUUCUGUGGGAAGAGAAUUAGGACCAAUGGGUUAAAGUCACAAGGGAAGAGAUUUUGGUUCCAAAAUGAAAGUUACUUUUCUGACAAUUAAACCAUACCACUAACCUAAGGGACAGCUUGGGAGUAGUUAGCUUUUUGUCUGUGGAAGAAACCAAGUCAUGCUGAAUCUCCCAUCUCUCAGAUGAAUGAGAGAAAUCAAUCCCAGUGUCUUGGCGGGUCUCAGGCAUUCAUGGCUUCCCGAUUCUGAAUUAUAGUUGGCCAUUUGAGUAGCGGUCUGCCAGGCUUGAUAGCAUCUGGGUUUUCUUAUCCGGGGAGGAACAUCUAGGCUAGGCCAGACAGAGGAGGAUACCGUGGAGGCAGAACAGAAGGGAGAGGGAUAUUCUGGACAGGUGGGGUCUGGCAACAUUGAUCCUCAAGUUAUGACCUUAUGGACUUCCCUGGUGGCUCAGACGGUAAAGUGUCUGCCUAAAAUAUGGGAGACCCGGGUUCAAUCCCUGGGUCGGGAAGAGCUUCUGGAGAAGGAAAUGGCAACCCACUCCAGUGUUCUUGCCUAGAAAAUCCCACUGACGGAGGAGCCUAGUGGGCUACAGUCCGUGGGGCUGCAGAGAGUCGGACAUGACUGAGCCACUUCACUCACUAUAACCUUAUACCUGACCAAGGAACAGAAAAGGAUGGUUCAGUGAGUAAAUGGUUAUGACUCUCCAUCUCUUCCCAAACUGACCUCCCACGUGCGACCAUGUGUAAACAACCCAAGGAAACAACAGGUCCUUGUAGAUUCUGUAAAUAUGAUUAAGGCUCUGCUGGAGACAAAGGUUCAGAGUAUAGGCAAGGUCAGGGACCAGUCUGGGUCAGGGUUAGAUCAAGAGCUCUGCCCUCUCUUCCACAGCCUGUGAGGGCCUUCUCAUCAAAGCCCUACAUUGAUUUGGCCCCCAGAUGCUGGCCAUUGCACCUUGUGCAUUCUCUGGGGACCAGUCUAGUGAGUUUAUGGAAACGGGGUGAUGAAGUUAGACAAACCCUAGCUUGAAUCCUAGCAUAGCUACAUAUUAGCCUUGUGAAGUUAGAUUGAUAUCUUCUCUGAUCUGAGUCUCAGUUUCCCCAUCUGUAGAAUGGGCACAGUGACUGUAUUCUAAUCAGACAGAUAUGAGGAUUCAAUGAGACCUCUCACAUAAAUCACUGAGUACAGUGCCUGGGACACAUGGUAUAUUAUUAUUAUUAAAUUAACCUCUGCCCAUAAAGUUCAGCCUCACCUCCCUGUACACUCCCCCAUUUUCUGUGGCCAUGGGCCCUGGUCAUGGACGUAUUUGACACUGACAUCUCCCUGCUGGACCUCACUUGGUUAACAAGAAUCACAGGGGCCCCACACAUGAAAACACCUACACCCUUGGCUAUCAACACUCCACCACCCUCCCUCCCACCUUCUCUGAUGUGGUAGAAACAGAGAUGUAAUUGAGAGCCCUUGGCCCUUAGAUGAGGCAAGAUAUGCUCUGGGAUUACUCAUUCUUCUCUCAGAAAGAGGAGCAGCCGGGCCCAUAUGAAAGGGAGUCCCUCCUGGAACCCGGCACCCAGGAGGUCACCCUGAAAGACCUGCAGAGGAGCCUGUGCCCUGGUGGCCCUAGACGGCUCUGUUACUGCACAUCGAGAUGACCACAGCCACCCCUUUGGGGGGUAACACCGUCUUCUCAUUGAACAUGACCACCAGAGGAGAAGACUUUCUGUACAAGAGUUCUGGAGCCAUCAUCGCUGCCGUUGUCGUGGUUGUCAUCAUCAUAUUCACCGUGGUUCUGAUCUUGCUGAAGAUGUACAACAGGAAAAUGAGGACGCGACGGGAGCUGGAACCCAAGGGCCCCAAGCCAGCUUCCCCUUCUGCCCUGGGCGCAAACAGCAACAGCAACCAGCAGCCUGCAACGGUGACCUUCAGCCCUGUGGAUGUCCACGUGGAGACUCGGUGACUCCCUCGCUGGUGCUGUCUCGGCCACUGUCCAAAGAGCCUUCGGUCAAGACCAAGAAGCACAUUUCUCCUCUGGCAGCUUCACGAUGAGUCCUUUCUGGUCAGGUUGAUGGGGGCAUCUCUUACUCAAUCCCUUAUGCUUCUGGCGACCCCCAACCCCAUCCUGCUAAGCCCCAGCCCAGCUUCAUCCAUAUCCCUGCCACCACCCUUCCUAAAAGGUCUGCUAACGUUGGGAAUCCACUGAUGUGGGUUUAGCUGUCUCCCCUUAAUGCAACAGCUAGACAGACAGACAGGUAGGCAGGCAAGCAGAUAGCCCGGGCCUCUUCUGGUUAGGAGUCAGGAGUCAGGACAUGCUCCUGAGAGGGACUGCCUGGGGUCAUAUCAGAGGAAGGGCCCUAUCCAUAGCUUUGCAGCCCAAAAUACUCAAUCCCAUAAUCAGGCACAGGGUAACUAACUGGGACUAACUAACCAAAACUCAACUUGUUCAUAUAUAACUUGUUCUAGGACUAAAUGAACGCUAGCUAGCUUCUGACAACUGAUCUGCAUAUUUCUCCAUCUUUAAGAAAGGUUAUAGAAAAAACUGAAUUCUCCAAAGGUGUCUACAUCUUUAGUAAAGAGUCAAAGUCAAGGACACAGGAUGACCUUAGGAAAACAUGGGAAGAAUGGCCACUGGGAUGAAAACGUAUUGCAGUGUCCACAGCCAAGAAUGAGCCUGGAGACUGGCCAGGGCCCCUCCCACCCCAGAGGGUGGUGUGGCUGGGUUAACCUAGACUCGGGCUCAUUUCUUGGCUUCCCUGUAUCUGGAUUCUGAGCAGUCCUCACUCUCCAGUUACCACCUUCCUUCCAAGGUCAGGUAUUUGGAAACUGAUUAGAUUUCAACUCUAUUAAUGUUACCUCUACCCUUCCUGGUCACUUUACAAAGAUUCUGGAUAUAUUCAAAGUACCAUAUUCACAAACCAUUCCCCUGGAUAGAACUCAUCUCUUUGACUCCUUAGCCUGGAGAACAGUUGAAAAAGGAAAGAAUUUGGGAUUAAAGUGACCUGUUUUCUAAGCCCCACUUCCUGGUUGUGAGACCUUGGGAGAGUGACUUGACUCCUCCCUAUUAUGUUUCCUAACAUGAAGUGGAAUAAUAUCUGCCCCACUGGGUGACCAUAACAAGUCAAGGACCUAGGAAAGUAGCUCAGGUGGUGCCUGGCACCCAACAGAUGCUUUCCAAAUGGGAACCACCAUUAUUAUCAUGAAUUUCUUCCAUUGCAAGACAUACGCGUGUUCCCAUUUUAAUGAUUCUGAAGUCAGAAUAUGUUUUAAAAUUGUUGGGUCCAUUAACAAAGUUGUAUUUUUUUUCCUCUCAAAAAGCUGUUUUUUAACCAAUUGUACAUUUUAUAAUUGACAACAUCUUGGAAAAAAGGUAAUAAAUCUGUAUUCUGUUACAGAAAGUGACACACUCCGACAUUUAAUCUUAAAUUCUAGGAGGUAGUCAGAUAUCCCUUUUGAGGGAAAACUAAGGAUCUUGGAGGUAGGAAGACUGACCCAGAGUUAUACAGCUCCUGUCAUCCCACUAUAAAAAUGCUCACUUCAGUAUGUCUGGGGAGGGACUUCCCUGGCAGUCCAGUGGUUACUACUUCACACUCCCAAUGCAGGGAGCAUAGGUUUGAUCCCUGGUCAGAGAACUACAAUCCCUGAGGGCCAUGUGGCCAAACAGACACACACACAGAGACACAGACACACACACACAGAAACACAGACACACACACAAGAAUACGUCUGGAAAAACACUGCCAAAUUCUUUCUUUCCAGACAUCUCUUCUCCAUCCUGUGUUUAAAUAUCCACUAGACACUUUGCAAGGUGCUUUCGUGUAAGUUUUCUCCUGGGAUUUACCUUUCCCAGUUACCCUGGGAGAUGCUAUUUUUUCCAUUUGCCAUUGAGAAUUUCAAACUCAAAGAGAAAAAAUACUUGCCAAAAGUCUCACAGCUAGUAAGUUGCAAAGACAAGAUUCAGAUCCAGGUCUCUUUGACUCCAAGGUCCAUCUUUGUGUUGUAUUACACUCCUCCCUAACAUCCUGGCUCAAAGUAUGUGGAUUCUUCUGUGAGUUCAACAAGAGGAGGACAGGCUUAUCCACGUGUCUGAGUGGAGGUCAGGGUCUAGCUUCCACAACAAAAGUGGGGUAAAUUCACUUUGGUAGCUUCUUUGGGCUUCUGUAGCCAAGGGGGCCUUUUCCAAGUCCAUCCAAGAUCUAAGGAGUCCUGCUUCAGUCCCCCUACCACUCAGUCUCAAGGAGCAAGGCAUGAGGUGCCUCAAAGCAGGGCAAAGCCCUUUAAGGACUCAAGCCCACACAGAUAUGUUUCAAAGUAUUUUGCUUAAAAAAAAAAAAAAAGUUGCACCAUAAAGAAGGCUAAGCACCAAAGAACUGAUUCUUUCGAACUGUGGUAUUGGAGAAGACUCUUGAGAGUCCCUUGGACUACAAGGAG